UUUUUAUCAAAAAAUCCGUAUUCGGAAAAAAGUUGAAUGAUUUUUGAAAAAAAAGGAUGAAAUUUUUAAAAUAUGGUCUUUUGAAGCAUUUAUAGGUUAAUAGUGUUAAUAGAUUGUAAUGAGUGCAUUAUAAUCUUCAUCAUGAAGUCCAAAAUACCAGUGCUAUCUCUUCUUUCGCGUGAAAAGCUGACGAAUAUAUUGUCGAAAAUACCUGGUAAAAAAGAUCUAAUUAUAGAUCCAAAAAUUAUAAAACCAUUGGAAAAUAUUGUAGGAAUCUCUGUUCUAAGAUCUCUUGAUGUGGACAAAGUGUAUAAAAUUCAAGGAUCCAAUAUUCUAUCAACCAAAGAUACUCGCGUUUUCCUGAUUUAUACAGAUUUAGUGCUAGUGAAACACAUAUGCGAUCAUAUCAAUGCCGAAGUAAGCAAAAAUGAGAAAAGCCGAACCUCGUUCUAUUUAAUUUUGGUACCUAGAAAGUUAUUCUCUGUGAUGCAAUUGUUGGAAGAAGAAGGUGUUUAUGAACGUGUUACGGUGUUUUCUCUGCAUUGGGAGCUGAUACCACUGGAUAACAAUUCGAUUUUAUCUCUCGAAAUGAAGAAUUUCUUUUCCUAUUUAUUUGUGAACGGAGAUCAGUCUUUUUUACCGGUGGCUGCUAAAAGUAUUUGGUCAACUUUUUUCCUAUGGGGUAAUCCAUGCACACGGAUUUGUAUCGGUAAUCAUUCUCAAAGUGUUAGUAAAAUGAUCAAUACGUAUUUCGAAGAACUUGGUAGACCACAGCGUAAUAAUUCCGAUAUCGAUUGUUGCAUCAUUGUUGAUCGAGAUGUGGAUUAUAUGAGUACUUUAUUAACUCCAGCUACUUAUACAAGCUUACUCGAUGAAGUGUUCAGAAUACAGAGCGGAUUUGUCGAAAUAAACGAUGGUCUAAUGAUACCGUUGAAUAAUCAAGAUAUCUAUUUGCAAAUUAGGAAUCGUCAUUUUUCUCACGUUACUUCGUUCUUGAAAGAUAAAGCGAGAACCAUUCAAGGCGAAUAUGAAAAAAGCCAAAAGAUGAAGUUAGAAGAAAUUAAACAAUACGUGAAGAAAGAUUUAGUAAAUAUUACUGAACAGAAGAAAUCUCUAUCUCAUCAUAUCUCAGCUUGCGAAAUUAUAGUGAAAAAACUAGGCGAGCAUUUUGAAAAGUUUGUUGCCACCGAAGAAGGCAUGUUGGAAAACGCUUCGAAAUAUGAAACCAUUAAUUUUAUCGAAGAUUGUAUCGCCAUGGAUAACGUGGAUAAAUUUUCGAUUCUCAGAUUAAUGUGUCUUCUAUCCAUUACUCAAAAUGGUCUCACCUUGGAAGAGGUGAAUAAAUUGAAAUCGUUGUUUAUAAAUGCGUACGGAUACAAUUAUCUGCCUAUAUUUUAUAAUCUCGAAAAAUUAGGUCUUUUCACAAUCCAACAAGCGUUCACUUUAAGCGAAGUUACUGCUUCUUCUUUAGCUAAUAAAGUUGCCCAAGUUGUUCCCCUGUCUUCGAAAAAAAGUCCUUUUCAUCAAAUGGUGCAAAAAUUGAAAUUGAUUCCAAAUCAUAAAGAGCCAUCAAAUUUUAAAGAUCCUUCAGAUAUGAGUUAUGUAUUCAGUGGUUCGUACAUUCCAGCGGUAUGUCAAUUGGUUAAUUUAUUACAUUCUGGAGAAAUGGUGAAAGAUGAUGUUCCUAAAUUUUUCUCCAAUGCUAAAGUACAAACAUCCACCGACACGAAUGCUUUGAACACAUUUUUUAUUUAUUUUAUCGGCGGUGUUACUUAUGCUGAAGUUGCUGCUUUUCAAUUAUUCGAAAAAUUGACCGGCUGCCAGGUAUUGAUUGGAGCGAGUAAUAUAAUUAAUGGUAAUAUUAUUUGCGAAUCGUGUUUAUAGUAAUGUUACCUCAUACCUGAAUUGCUUUAUGAUUUUGUUGAUGAUAGUAUUUUGCAUAAUUUUAAAUAGGUCAUCUUUGUAAAAUUUUUUUUUGAAUGAUUCAAAUUUGUGAUAUCUGUAUAAUGUUAAUGUACCUACCAAUAAAUUAUUGAAUUUUCA